AUGCAGAGGAAUCAUAGCAGCAACAGCAGCAAUGUCACAUCAUCUAUCGAUUACGAUGACACAAGAGUAGGAAGCUUUAUUAACGACAACGAUGGUGGCAUCAGCAAUUCUUCAACAACUAUCAUCACUGAUACCCAUAAUAGCGACGUUCUUCAUUCAUCAGAUACACUUGGUCGAUUACCGAUAGAGAUCCUUGGUUUGAUCCUUGAACAGCUGACAAAACAUGAUAUCGUCGAAUGCCUGUCAGUGUCAACAUCCUGGCGAAAUCGACUUGCAUGCUGUUCAGCACCUUGGCGAGAGAUUAUCAUGACACAAAAGGAGCAAAUACAUGCCAUCAGCCCAUGGAUAACUACCGUGCAUCAUUUUGUGAAGGAUAUAACAUUCUCUUGUGAAACCCCGUUGAUCUUUACAAAGGCCAUGUCAUGGAUUACUGAUGGCUACUUUCCUCAUUUAUGCUCACUCCAGAUUUAUAAAUGUACCGAAGAUGAUGUUGAGCCUUUGGUGGGCGCAUUGCAAAAGAUGGGAUGUCGUCUACGCAAGCUGCUGGUGGAGUUUAUGGUGGAGCUGAUACCCUAUCAAGAUGUGAUGCGUAUGUGUCCCAAUCUUACCGAGUUGUGCUAUUAUACUGCCCUUGACAACCCAAGUUCAGACGCCUUGACGAUACCUGCCAAUCCACUGCUGAUGCAUCUUGAACUUCAUGUGCGAGAGCUCUUUUUACCUGAUCUGGAACAUGUCCUACAAGCAUACCCCAAUAUCCGUUAUCUCUCAGUGCAACGCUGCGACAAGGUGGCUUUACAGAUGAUCCAUCAACAUUGUCCAAAGCUUGAAUUUUUGAGCUUUAAUGCUGCACCUUAUCUUUUACCGUGGAUGCGAUUGCUUGGAAAGGAAACGGCCACAUCCAUUGGGCUCUCCCGUGAUAUAAGGUCGUGUAGACGUUUGGGGAUCAAAACGGCCGAGCUAUUGGCAAGCGAAUUUUUGGAUCACUUUCCACAUGGCAUGGCUAAAUGGACACCCACUUUAAAUGUGGGACGAUUACAGGCCUAUCGUCGUGCCUAUGAUAGAGAUAUGCAUCCUAAAAUAAUAGCAGCUGUAUUCCCUAGUGAUGACCAUACAACCAUAGCAGAGAUUAGUGCCCAAUUCCUUUCAAAAGCGUUGUUGUGGUAUUAA